UAGAUCUAGAGUCUACCCAUUCUCAACCGGUAGGCUACUUUCCAGUGUAACACUGUAGGCCUACUAAUAAUAAUUUAUUACACCAGACUGAACUCAGAAUGACUAGAUUUGCAAAACGUGGUUUUGACAACAGAAAAUUAAAUGAAGCAACACCUUGGUCAGAACUAAAAAAAACAAAAAGACAAGGUAAAUCAAAUUUUAAAGACCAGAGACGAGAAGAUAGGCGGUUAAAGAGGCAAGAAGAUCGUAAAGCUGCAAAAGUGUGCUUUAACUGUCGAGGCCCUGGACAUCAGAUGUCAGAGUGUCCAUUUUUAUCAGAAACAAACCAGCAGGGCAUUUGUUUCAAGUGUGGUUCAACUGAACACUCCUCUUCUGUUUGUGCUGCCAAAAUACCCAAAGGUUCUUUUCCAUUUGCACAAUGUUUUGUUUGUGGAGAAAAAGGUCACAUUUCAAAGCAGUGUCCAGACAACCCUAGAGGCUUGUAUCCAAAAGGUGGAUGUUGUAAACAGUGUGGAUCUGUGGAACAUCUGAAAAGAGAUUGUCCAGAAUUUUUACAAAAAAGAGUGAAUACAGAGAUGACAGUUGACACAAUAGAGAUGGGUCAAAGUGCUGAUGACCAACCUUCCUCGUCACAUUCAAAAUCCCACAGUGACACAGGCACCAGUAUAAAGAAAACAGCCAAAGUUGUCAAGUUUUAAGUUUAUAUUUGGUAAAUGGAAUAAAAUUUAAAGUAUUACACUUA